UUCAGUUUCCUCAUGUGUCAGGAGGCGCUGCGCCGGGCUGGCCCUCACCAAAGUCCUCGGCUCCGGAUCGCUGGCCCGAGCCCCCGCCCCUCCCCCGCUUCCCGGCCGGGCGCCCCCUCCGCUGGCUCCGCGCAGCCCGCGCGCUGACGCCCGGGGACAAUCCUCGCCUUGUCUGCGGCGCCCGCUUCUCGAGUUUUCAGUAGCCUCGGGCUACGCCUUUUUUCCAGGGCGGCGCCCUAUCCCUGCUCCUCCUCGCGGCUGGCCGCGGGGCAGCCCCGGUCCCUCUUCCCAGGGCCCCUCCCCGGAGUUGGGAUCCAGGCGCACGAGCCCCAGAGCCCUGCGGGCCUGUGUGCAGUCUCCGCCCGUUCCCCGCCAUGGCCUCCUCCGGCCCGGGACUCCGGCUCCUGCUGGGGCUCCUGCUGCUGCUGCCGCCGCCGCCUGCGACCUCGGCCUCCGACCGUUCCCGGGGCAGCGACCCGGUCAACCCAGAAAAGCUGCUGGUGAUCACGGUGGCCACAACCGAGACGGAAGGAUACCGGCGUUUCCUGCGGUCCGCGGAGUUCUUCAACUACACAGUGCGGACCCUGGGCCUGGGAGAGGAGUGGCGAGGGGGUGAUGUGGCCCGAACGGUUGGUGGAGGACAGAAGGUCAGGUGGCUGAAGAAAGAGAUGGGGAAAUACGCAGACCGGGAGGAUAUGGUCAUCAUGUUUGUGGACAGCUACGACGUGAUUCUGGCUGGCAGCCCCUCGGAGCUGCUGAAGAAGUUCGUCCAGAGUGGCAGCCGCCUGCUCUUCUCUGCGGAGGGCUUCUGCUGGCCCGAGUGGGGGCUGGCAGAGCAGUACCCUGAGGUGGGCACGGGGAAGCGCUUCCUCAACUCUGGUGGAUUCAUUGGCUUUGCCCCCACCGUCCACCAAGUCGUCCGCCAGUGGAAGUACAAGGAUGACGAUGAUGACCAGCUGUUCUAUACGCGACUCUACCUGGACCCGGGGCUUAGGGAGAAACUCAGCCUCAAUCUGGAUCAUAAAUCCCGGAUCUUUCAGAACCUCAAUGGGGCUUUAGAUGAGGUGGUUUUAAAGUUCGAUCGGAAUCGUGUGCGCAUCCGGAAUGUGGCCUAUGACACGCUUCCCGUCGUGGUCCAUGGGAAUGGUCCCACUAAGCUCCAGCUGAAUUACCUGGGAAACUAUGUCCCUAAUGGCUGGACUCCCCAGGGAGGCUGUGGGUUCUGCGGCCGGGACCGGAGGACACUCCCGGGGGGGCAGCCUCCCCCCCGGGUGCUUCUGGCUGUGUUUGUACAACAACCUACCCCGUUCCUGCCCCGCUUCCUGCAGCGGCUGUUCCUCCUGGACUACCCCCCCGACAGGGUCACCCUCUUCCUGCAUAACAGUGAGGUGUACCAUGAGCCCCACAUUGCAGACUCCUGGCCGCAGCUCCAGGACCACUUCUCAGGCGUGAAGCUGGUGGGGCCAGAGGAGGCCCUGACGCCAGGCGAGGCCAGGGACAUGGCCAUGGACACUUGUCGGCAGGACCCGGAGUGCGACUUCUACUUCAGCCUGGAUGCUGACGCUGUCAUCACCAACCCGCAGACCCUGCGCAUCCUCAUCGAAGAGAACAGGAAGGUGAUAGCGCCCAUGCUGUCCCGCCUUGGGAAGCUGUGGUCCAACUUCUGGGGAGCCCUGAGCCCCGACGAGUACUAUGCCCGCUCGGAGGACUACGUGGAGCUGGUGCAGCGGAAGCGAGUGGGCGUGUGGAAUGUGCCCUAUAUAGCCCAGGCAUACGUGAUCCGCGGUGAGACCCUGAGGACAGAGCUGCCCCAGAGGGAGGUGUUCUCGGGCAGUGACACUGACCCAGACAUGGCCUUCUGUAAGAGCCUGCGGGACAAGGUGAGUGGGGCCUGGGCGCCCAAAGCCAGGGUGCUGGGAAGCAGCCACCCGUGUCUCCUCACACCCCUCCCCCACCCCCACCAGGGCAUCUUCCUCCACCUCAGCAAUCAGCACGAAUUUGGCCGCCUCCUGGCCACUUCCCAGUAUGACACCGACCACCUGCACCCUGACCUCUGGCAGAUCUUCGACAACCCCCUGGACUGGAAGGAGCAGUACAUUCAUGAGAACUACAGCCGGGCCCUUGAAGGGGAGGGACUUGUGGAGCAGCCGUGCCCAGACGUGUACUGGUUCCCGCUGCUGUCUGACCAGAUGUGCGACGAGCUGGUGGAGGAAAUGGAGCAUUACGGCCAGUGGUCAGGAGGCCGGCAUGAGGACUCGAGGCUGGCCGGAGGCUACGAGAAUGUGCCCACCGUGGACAUCCACAUGAAGCAGGUGGGCUAUGAGGACCAGUGGCUGCAGCUGCUGAGGACGUACGUGGGACCCAUGACAGAGAGCCUGUUCCCAGGCUACCACACCAAGACCCGGGCAGUGAUGAACUUCGUGGUCCGCUACCGGCCAGACGAGCAGCCUGCUCUGCGGCCCCAUCACGACUCAUCUACCUUCACUCUCAACGUGGCCCUCAACCACAAGGGCCUGGAUUAUGAGGGAGGUGGCUGUCGCUUCUUGCGCUAUGACUGCAUAGUCUCGUCCCCGCGGAAGGGCUGGGGGCUCCUGCACCCCGGCCGCCUCACCCACUACCACGAGGGGCUGCCCACUACUCGGGGCACUCGCUACAUCAUGGUGUCCUUUGUCGACCCCUGACACUCAACCACUCUGCCAAACCUUCCCCGCCGUUGUGCCUUCCCGCGCCCCCCUCCUUGGAGAUGGGGGUCUGUCUGGCGCCUCCCUUCCUGAGUGGAUGUUCGGCGUGCCUGGGACUGAAUGUGUCGCCUCCCCACCCAACACACGGCCCUCUCAGGAAGCUCCUGGAGCCCCACUGCCCCUCCCCACAGCCCCCAAAGAUUCAUGGGGAGAAGGCUUCUGGGGGCUCCCCAUACAAUAAAUUAUUGUUUCUCAGCCUCCCUCCCAAUAAAGGAG